AGGUGUCGCAGCUCCAUCGGCACAUGGGGCGGUGAGGCAUCCAAGAAGACUCGCCGCGCCUGGCAGUUCUGGUGUGGCUCAACUGCUGCGUCGGUGCCUCUCUGCAUUUUGGAAGCCAUGGCCCCUAUGAAGGCGAUGAAAACAACCGCGAUGAAGGGGACGAAGGCCAUGACGAAGGGCGCCCUGGCGGACGCGCUGGCCACCGCCGCGGCCCUCAAGAAGAGCGAGUGCAGCAAGCUCCUGGAUGCGCUGGCUGACAUCGGCGCUGGUGAGGUGGUGAAGACUGGCAAGUUCACUCUUCCCGGGCUGUGCAUGAUCAAGACGCGCCAGAAGAAGGCAACCAAAGCGGGCAAGCGCAUGAUGUUCGGCAAGGAGGUCAAGGUCAAGGCAAAGCCAGCGAAGACCGUGGUGAAGGCAUUCCCGGUGGCUGCUUUGAAGCACCAGUUCUAAAGGCGCAGUCAUAAGCCGGGCAGCUGUGGCGGGCACGCUGCCAGGUUUGGGCGACUGAGUCGUGUCGAGCCAGAAAUGUAUAGAAACUGGUUGCCAGUCCUGGCAGCUGGUUCGGGUGACCCGAAGUUUGGAGAAAGCGCGCCGGACCGCAUCCAUGUCAUUUGUUGACCGGUGCGCCUUGCCCAUCCUCGGCCCUUGCUUCAGCAG